UAACAUCUGUUACUAUUGACUUGUUCCUGUGCCUUUAUAACGCUGAAUACAUGGCAGAGAACCUGGGCUAACCUGAGGCGCACGUUCCCUGAUAGUCACUUUAGUACCAAGCCACUUACACGAGUGACUUUGACGAAACUACACGACCUACUAUACCCGCCACUGCCACUUACACGUGCAUCACACCUCGACAUCCAUAUCCAGAGAUCCGAGACAUUGGUCACUGAGCCAGACUUACCCCGGCUGAUAACGAACGGAAACAUUCCUUCCAUUAUACACACCGAACAUACAUAGCUUCGACUCGUCCCGAGCCCAGAUAUCACCAUGUCUACCACAGCAUCUCAGCCUCCCAUCCCCCCUAGACCGUCUAGGAGUACCGAGAAACAGCCAGCUCCAAUGGUCCCUCCACGCCCGAACAAGAACCGCAUCGAGCGCUCCAUGAGCCCGAACCCGAACCGCUUUGCGCCUUCGCCUCUUAACGCGGGGCCUAUUCAGCCCAAGUCUGCGCAUCCCCUGCGCAACGGUCACAAUGGCGAGGAUAUCAAAAGAUCCACGUCUGUUGACCUGCCGUCCCUCGGCCAAGAGGGCAUGGAAUAUGCCAACAUCACCGAGAAUACUCCUUCCAGCGAACAGAGUACUGCCCCCGAGCAGACUAGGACUAUCGGCCACGAUCUCAAGCUUCAUGCGCCCAAGCCGUCCCUGCCUCCUGCUAAUGCCAAGCAGCGCAUCAUGGCCGUUACGCGCACCGAUAGCGACAGAGCUGCGGCCUUUGGAAUCGGCCGUCCCAGCAGUAACGACGAGUCGACGCACGUCCUCCCGUCCAAUAGGAGUCUUAAGAAGAAGGCUAGCACUACUAGCCAGCUGUCGGUGGACUUGGAGGACGAGCAUGGUAUUCCCGAGAUUGGCCAGCAAGUGCCCAUGUACAAGAACGCUGGUGAUGUCCAGGCUCCAUCGCCUGCUCCUGGCGCAACUGCCGAUAAGGUGAAGCAUCACAGUCGUAGGACUUCUGCCCGCGGCAGCCUUCCUCCCGGCAGCUAUGGCCUUCACGGUCAUGGUGUGUUUGCUGUGGACAAGCUUGAAAAGGCAUAUUUUGACAAGCACCCCGAGGCUCUCAAGAAGGAGCACACGCCUUAUCAGUACGAUCGUGCCAACAACUUCUCGAUGAGCAGCGAGAAUCUGAACAAGAUUGUUCGCGAGACCGCCAGUCGUGGCUCUGGUCUUGGUGUCCAGAACUACCCCGGUACCCCCAGCGAGCAGGUUGGAUGGCAAGCCAUUGAGGAGUCUACCUCUCGCGUCGCGUCUCCCCGCCCUCAUUCCUCCGGCCGCAAGUCUCCUGUCAAGCCGACCUUUGCUGUGCAAGAUGACAAUGGCGAGUCCCGCGCUCUAGAGGAGGACGAAGAACCCAGGAAGAACGUGAUUCACGUGGACGAGCCCAACCGUCGCAGCUCAAGAGGCAAGUCCAUGGAUGGAUCAGCACCGGCGGCUGAAGAAGAGGAGGAGUACACUGCCCCUAUCCUUGCCGAGGAUGAGGUCGCACAGAACCCAUCGCCCUACGCUCACGAGCCGGCCGUUGUGCCCAAGCGCCGCGAAAGUGCUGAACCCAAGAGUCGCCCGACUAGCAGACCGGCCAGCAUCUACAGGGAGAACUCUUUCGAGAUGCGCUCUACCCCCCUCGAGGAUGUCGAGGAAUAUGAGCCCCUCUUCAAGGAUGACGAACAACCCGCGAAGAAGCCUGAGGUUCCCUUGAGACCCAAGACCGAGCACAAGCGCCGCUUCCCCAGUGCUGACGUCUGGGAGGACGCCCCUAGCAGUACCAUGUACACCGCCGAAGUUUCCACCCCGGAACCCACCGCUGAGCAGCAAGAGGAAGAGGGUCAGGAGCAGGCCAAGCCCCAGAUAGAACCUCGCGAGGGUGAGACCUUUGCUCAAGCGUUUGCCCGUCAGCAAGAAGAGCUUGCCGAGAAGGAAGCCCGGGAAAACGGCCCCGAUGGUUUCGUCAAGUCGAGUACUCCCAGGCCUUCUUCGCACCAGCAAAGACCUUCCUGGGUUCAGGGUCAGCCCCAUCUUCUGCAGGAAGUGAAGAAGGAGGCUGCCAAGGCUGCCAGGCCGGCCAUGGCUCAGAGGUUCCCUAGCCGCGAUGUUUGGGAGGAUAGCCCGGAGAGCUUGCAGCUGCAGACCGAGGUUUCUACUCCCCAGCAGGACGAGGAGCAGACGGAGGAGGCCGCGGCCGAGUCUCCCAAGGUCUCUCCCCGUACAGAGGAGCCUGAGCCCAAGAUCGACGAAAAGCUUGCCGAGAAGCCCGAGGUCAAGGACGAGACACCCGAGCCAAAGGAGCCUGUUCCCACUCCCGCCGCAGUCACAGAACGAAAGCCCUCACCCCCGGCGAUCCCCUCCCGCCCAUCUCUUCCCUCCCGCCCUUCCAUCCCCGACCGUCCCAAGCCCAAGCCGGCCGCCAAGCCCGCCAUUCCCGCGCGCCCCGUCAAGGCGUCUCCCACGUCCGGCGGUCUCGAACCCGCCGAGGCCGCCGCUCCUCCUCGUCAGAAGCCCGCCGUCCCCGCUCGUCCGAUGGGCUCUAAGAUCGCCGCUCUGCAGGCCGGUUUCAUGAGCGACCUUAACAACCGCUUGCGUCUCGGCCCGCAGAUACCGGUUAAGAAGGAGGAGGCGCCGGCCGAGGAGCAGGAGAAGGCGGAGGUGAAGGAGAAGGUGCCGCUUAGUGAUGCUAGAAAGGGCAGGGCGAGGGGUCCCCAGAGGAGGGCGCCUGCUGCUGCUAAGGCUGCUGCUACGGCUGCUGCGGCGCCGGCGGUGGCUGAGGAGAAGAAGGAGGUGACUGGUCCGAAGUUGAGUUUCUCGGUUUCGGUUAGUUAUUGGGCUAUUAAUCCUGAGAGUGAGGAGGGUGGUGUUCGUGUUGGUAUUGCUGAGUUGAAGGGCUUGGAAGAGGAGAAGCCGAAGGAGGAGAAGAAGGAAGAGGUUAAGAGCGAGAUUAAGCCCGAGACUGAGACUGAGAAGCCCAAGGUUGAGGAAGUCAAGGACGAAGCUAAGGCUGUGGUAGAGAAGCUGGUUCCCGAAACUGUCCAGAAGGAGGCUAAGGAGGAAGCACCAAAGGAAGAGACCAAUGAAGAGAAGGCUCCUUCGCCCGAGCCCGAGCCCAGUGCUUCCCCCGAGGCUAUUAUCUCCGAAGCACCCGGUGCCUUCCCCUCCACUCCCGCAAUCGAAGCGGAGGUUAAGGCUGAGGAGGAGGCCGAAGCCGAGGCAGAAGCCGAAUCUUCCGCUCCGGCUGACACACCUACCUCCACCGAAGCUCCCGCCCCCGAACCCGUCGAAGCCGAUGCCCAGGCCGAGACGGAAACCAAGAAGACUGAAGCCGAAGAACCGCCCACCACCACUACUGCGUCUGAAACCGAAAAGGUAGAAGAUAAGCGCGAUGCCACUACAGCUUCGGCAAAGGCUGAGGCGGCGGCUGCUGAUACUGCGGUUACUAACUCCUCCGCUACCGACCCCACCUCUACCACUGAAGAGGCGCCAAAGGAGGAAGUCAAGUCCCUGGUGACUAACACCGCUGGGGAGACUAUUGUCCAGGAACAUGUCACUAGGGAUGGAAGUGGUGGUGUGAAGCCUUUGGAGGCGGAGGAUAAGGGGGGUGAGGAGGCUUAGGCUUAGGUUUGGGUGUGAUUCCAAUUGGGAAAGGUGGUGAGAGAUCUGAGGAGGGGUGGUUUCUGCUUCUGGUCUAUGAUUUGACUGAGACAGAAAGACAUCGUAUAAGAUGUCGUGUGUCGUGAGGAAGGUGGGAGGACGAGGAGAUAGGUGUGUGUGGUGAUUAUAGGUGGUUAUAAGUGGUUAAUGGAGGGUGCCGCCCAAUGCUUUAUUUAUCUGCUUUAGCGAAGUCAGUUUUGCUUCUGGCUUUUAGUACUUUGAGGGGUUGAAUACAAAGCGAUUUACCUUGUCUUAUCUUACCUUACCUUACCUUACU